CGGCUGGGAGCCAGCGACAGUUUCAAACGGAAAGAUCGAAGCUAAGCAAGCAAAAUGAAAGCAGCCAUCGUGUUCGCAGUUGUGAUUUUCGCGCUCCUCAGUGUCCUGGAGGCGGUGCCGGCUCCUCAGUUCGGCUACGGUGGCUAUCCCGGUGGUUAUGGAGGCUAUGGCGGCGGCUAUCCUGGCGGCUAUGGCGGCUACGGCGGUGGAUAUCCCGGCGGCUAUGGAGGCUAUGGUGGUUUUCCACGUGGCGGCUUUGGCGGUGCCAGUGCCUCAGCAUCGUCAUCUGCAACAGCCGGCGGCUACGGCGGCUUCUACGGCUAAAUAUGGGUGCUCCCAUACCAUGUACCUUUAAUGCCUCAUCAAAUUAGUAUUUAAUAAACACAGUUUAGUCAUUCCUGUAACUCC